UCUGGAAUGCUUGAUUCUGAUUGGUCAGUUGAGACAUUUGCAGGUUCGUUCUUUUCAAAUAAUAACCGCUCCAAAGUAAUAACGCAUAGCCGGUACUACUUGUAUGUUUGAAAUCCCUCCGCGCCAACAAAGAUUACCGUUUGGCGCCAUCUUGUGAGAAACACUGGACAACCACAAUUAACAAUGGAAAAAUUCGACAUUAAUUUUAACAUGUACGGUAAAAACAAAACGUUUGAACAGUGGAUAGAUUCGGACGAAUCAAAUGACUCCCCAAUUAAGACGAAAAAACGAAAAUUGAACUACGAAGAACAAACAACGACAAGACACAGAGAGCUUACUGAGACUGAACUUGACAAAAUAGAGCAUGACAGCUACGAAGCCAACACACAAAAAAAUACAGAAUGGGCAAUAAAACUUCUCAAAGACUGGCUAAAAGAGAAAAAAAUGGAGACAGACUACGACAAGUAUGAAGCAGAGGAUCUUAAUAAGGUAUUACGAUCAUUUUAUGCAUCUGUUCAAAGUGCGAAGGGUCAGAUUUAUUCAAUAGCCAGCUAUAUGGCCAUCAGGACUGGCAUUGCCAGAUAUUUUAAAAAGUUUGAUAUCCUGAAAAGUCCAACCUUCAACUCCAGCAAUGCAGUUUUUAAAUCUACAAUUAAAGCCAUUCGUAAAGCUGGCAAAGACAUUAGUCACCAUCAUCCACCGAUCUCACCAGCAGACAUGCAUCUAAUACGAAACUCCGAUGUGCUGUCGCCCGACACAGCAACUGGUCUAGUUCGGAAAGUGUGGUUUGAUGUACAACUACAUCUAGCAAGACGAGGCAGAGAAGGGAACCGAGAUUUAAGAAGGGAUUCUUUUACCAUGAAAUGUGACGACAAUGGCACCGAAUACAUUACUCUGUCCCACAAUGCAGAGACUAAAAACCACAAAGACCCGAAAGAUCCAUGUAAAGAAAAUUACAGAGGCUGCAUCUUCGCUGAACCCAACAACCCUAAGUGUCCUGUUGCUACUUUCAAAAAAUACCUGGCACUCUGUCCGUCAGACGCAGACGCAUUUUAUCUUCAUCCACUACGACAAAACCAGGAAACACUGAACAAAAGAACAGUCUGGUACUCUAAAGAGCCGAUGGGACAUAACUACCUUGCCAAGAUGAUGCCCACAAUCAGCGAAGCAGCUGGCCUCUCACGAAGAUACACAAACCACAGUUUAAGAAGCACGGCUGUGCAACUUCUCUCGCGUGCCGGACUGGAAACGAGAGAGAUUAUGACUGUGACCGGACAUAGAUGUGAAAGCAGUCUUAAGACUUACUGGACUCCGACCACCGCUGACAGACAGAAAUGGAGUAGUAUACUCUCAUCAAAUCCUGACAACAGCUUGGCAAGCAGUGCCAUCAACAAAAAGUCCAUAGAGAAAACUUUAGCUGACUCUACCAAAAACAUCAACUUCAACAUCCCCGCUGGGACCACAUUUACAAUGUCACAGUUCACAAUUAAUGGAAACGUGCAAUUUAAUACUUGUAAAUAAAUAAAAUACAUCCGUUAUUAUAUAUUCAUAUGUAGAUGUUAUAAAUUGUCUUACUAACAUUUGAAUGUUAGUCACUAUAUCGUUUCGCGGAAGGAUAAAAAUGUUAAUUUAAAACAAAUAUGCCAAUAAAAUGUUUCAAAUUCAUAUUCAUGUCCAGUUUUUUUCCUUAUGUGGCAAGUAGCCGUGUAAUAAGCGGGAUAAUGUACAGGCAGCCUGUAGUUAUCGCGAAAUAAGCCCCUUCAGCGUGAUACAAGACCCUCCGCUUCGCGU